AUUCCAAGUCCGUCGAAGAACUCGCUCUUUCCCCUCUUUCAUCGUCAGCUCGAGCAGGGUGUCUCUCAGCUGCACACCCUAGGGUUUCGAAAAAAAUGGCUCCUAAGCGGGGAACUAUCAAGACUCCUGUCCCUGCUCCUGUGGAGAAGAAGAAGGUAGUAGAGAAAGUCGCGAACCCCUUGUUUGAGAAGAGGCCGAAGCAGUUCGGUAUUGGUGGCGCCCUUCCACCCAAGCGUGAUCUCCACCGAUUUGUGAAAUGGCCCAAGUACGUCCGCAUCCAGAGACAACGCCGUGUCUUGAACCAGCGUUUGAAGGUUCCACCGGCCCUUAACCAGUUCACCAAGACACUCGACAAGAACUUGGCUGCAAGUUUGUUCAAGAUGUUGUUGAAGUACAGACCCGAGGACAAGGCUGCGAAGAAGGAGAGGCUUCUCAAGAAGGCCCAGGCCGAAGCCGAGGGCAAGACUGUCGAGACCAAGAAACCAAUAGUCGUGAAGUACGGUAUCAACCACGUGACCUACCUCAUUGAGCAAGGUAAGGCUCAAUUGGUGGUAAUUGCCCACGAUGUUGACCCUAUUGAACUAGUUGUGUGGCUACCCGCCCUCUGCCGCAAGAUGGGUGUUCCAUACGCUAUUGUGAAGGGCAAGUCCAGACUUGGCCAAAUUAUUCACAGCAAGACCGCCACUGCCUUGUGCCUUACUUCAGUGAAGAAUGAGGACAAGCACGACUUCAGCAAGAUUGUCGAAGCUGUGAAGGCCAACUUCAACGACCGAUAUGAUGAAUACCGCAAGCAAUGGGGUGGAGGUAUUAUGGGAGUCAAGUCCCAGGCUAAGACUAAGAUCAAGGAGAAAAUUAUUGCCAAGGAAGCUGCCCAGAGGGCUGCCUAGAAUAGUGUUCUCUAAAUUAGACUUACUUAGCGAAUUUGAGGCAUAAGAGGGGAGGGAUUCUUUCUCGGCAGUACGGAGAGCUGUUGUAGACGAUGAUUUCUGGGAGGAUCUCAUCAGGAAGCAGCUUGCGAUCGGGAACUCAUGAACACAAAGCUCGGUAUCAGCUCGGGCCAUCCCGAGACAGGGAUCCCACACGCCUUGCCCGCACUGGAUCCUACUCAAUUUUUGACUCCCAACCAAAGCCGCACUGUAUGUCUUGUCUAUUAUAAAGUGGAAGUACAUUCGAAGAAUCUUAAGGCGAUUUGUACCGUAUUUGAGCUCGCGAAUAUGUUGUGGACCUUGGCAUGUGAGUCAGUAGGCUGCCCUCCCCUUGGAUACCUGUUCAAAUGCCCAUUGCAGGUCUUCGAACAUAGGAGAAGUGAAAGAAAUAAAACUUGUACCUCUCGUUUCUACUUUUC